UUUUAUAUAUUUUGCGUCUUCUUAUAUAUUUCUUAAAACUACAACCCACCAUUAUAGGACAAAAAUUCAAAACAAAGUCCAAUAUCAGCUGCGGAGUGGAAUUGUCAAAAACGAAGAUACCAAAUAUCGUUUUCACUUUGUUUUUUGUUAUGUGAUGCGACUAAAUUGGUCGAGCUUAUUUGCAUUUUGGUUUUGUAAGCAAGUUUUUGAAAUUAAUUGUAGUUGCGACAAAGUAUUGGUUUUGCAAUGAGUUUCUUUAAAUGUAUUUUCGGGCCAAAAUUAUAUUUAGAAUAUGGAUCCAGUCCUGCUCAGAAAAUGUAUGAACCAGUUGGAUUGGAAAAAUUUGGGGAACAAAUUUUGUAUACGCUAUCGCUUAUGUGGAAUUUAAGUUAUUACACAUCUCCGUUAAUAGUCACAUUUCUGUAUAGAAGAGGAUAUUUUGUUACUGACUCAAUUUCGUCAAUGGCAAAAUUUACUACAAGUAUUGGGCUAAUAGUAAUUAUAUCUCUUUGUAUGCGUGGAAUUGGCCGCUCGCAAAAUCGAUCAUAUGUUAAAUUAAUUAAAGCUCUGGAAACACAGAAAAGCAAUGUAACUAACGACGAAAAAAAAAGAGCUUUGAGGCGCUUCGAUUUUGAUUUUCGUGCAUGGGACGUCGAUUUUGACGUCAACAGUUUACAAAGUGAUAACAAAAAACCUGGUACACCAGGUAGUAGCCGUGAUAAACGGUCUUUCCAAUUGGCCACACUACCUUGUGAAUUGGUUGCUUACGCAGCAAUGCAUACAUUUGGUAUCCGAAUGAUAUAUCCUGGUUCAGUAAAAUUAUUACAGAAUUAUAUGCGACCAAUGUUAGUUGCAGGACGUGCUAAGUUAAUUGAAGAACAAAAUGCAACUCGUUAUAAAAUUAAAACUGUUGACAGUAAUGAAAUUGAUAGCAUUUUUGUUGACAAACGCGGAAGGGGCAGCAAUGGGAAUACUCUUGUUAUAUGCUCAGAAGGUAAUGCUGGUUUUUAUGAAAUUGGAAUUAUGGGCACUCCAAUAGCACUUAAAUAUUCAGUACUUGGUUGGAAUCAUCCUGGAUUUGAAGGCAGCACUGGGCAACCUUAUCCAGAUCAGGAUAAAAACGCAAUUGAUAGUGUUAUACAAUUUGCUAUAAAUAAGCUAGGAUUUCAAGUUGACGAUAUUGUGUUGUAUGGUUGGAGUAUUGGUGGUUAUAGUACUCUGUGGGCUGCAUCGUGUUAUCCAGAUGUUAAGGGUGUGAUAAUUGAUGCUUCAUUUGAUGACGUUCUUUAUUUAGCACAACCACGCAUGCCUGCUAGUUUGGCUGGAAUUGUACGAAUUGCCAUACGAAACUAUUGCAAUUUAAAUAAUACCGAACUAUUACCUAAUUAUAAUGGUCCUAUUUUAUUUAUACGCCGCACUGAGGAUGAAAUAAUAGCAGAGGAUAACCAAAUACAUACAAAUCGUGGUAACUUUUUAACCCUUGCUUUACUGAAAUAUAGAUAUCCAAACAUAUAUAAAGCUGAGCAAUUAAAUCGAAUGAAGAAAAUACUUUCCAAGCCUAUAGAAGCUAAUGCGAAUAACGACGAUGACGAUUUGUGUAUGUCACGUCUAAUUACGUUCGCCUCAGACCAGGGAAAAUCAUUUCCAAUGGAAAUUGGUGAAGAUUAUACCGAUAUUACUCGAAACAUAAUGGCUGAAUUUUUAUUGCGUAAACAUUUUCGUGAUUACAAAUCAACACAUUGCACACCAUUACCGACGGAUUUCUUCAACAUUCCUUGGGAUAUACCAAUCGAACAUGGAUUCGUGUUCACUUAAAAUGUUUUAAUUUAAGAGUU